AACGACGACAACAUGAACUACACCGCGGCAAGGGACGACACUUCGCACAACCUCCACGAAGAAGAUGAGGCAGGCUUGUUUCGCGGGUACGUCCAGAGAAUCCAAGGCAACGAGACGACACCAGAGAUAUGUCCCGCCCUUCCCAUGCUGGCCAUUCUACCAGCCAACCGCACAGUGUCAAACUACACCCGAGAGGCAUACGCCGCAAAAGCCAAGGUCAUCUUGUGGUCCUUUAUCGCGAGUUUCAGCGGCAUUGCCAUCCUUGCAGCCAUUCAAUUCACCCUUCAUGCUGAAUACUCGUCUGGUGUACAGGUGCAGGCGAUCACCGGAUCAUUUGGCGCCAUGGCGAUUCUCGUGUUUGGAGUCGUUCAAGCUCCGUUAUCUCAGCCCAGAAAUUGCAUUGUGGGCAACACACUGAGUGCGUUCGUGGGCGUCUUGGUCGCCGAUGUAUUCCAGCACGUGGCACCCGGAGACGAGUGGAAAUGGCUCAGCUGUGCGCUUGCAAUCUCCAUCUCCCUUGUGGCCAUGCAACUCACAGACACUGUCAAUCCCCCAGGUGGGGCCUCUGCCCUUCUCGCCGUCACAUCGGGGCGUGAAAUCCAAGAUUUGGGGUAUCUGUACGUCGUCAUACCCGUGUUCACUGGCAGCUGCGUCCUAGUAUUGGUGAGUGUUCUUCUCAACAACAUUCAGCGACAAUACCCUCGCUACUGGUUUUCCAAAUAGUAAUAAUCUUUAACAUCAUGCAACACCCAAA